AUGUCAGCAUCAUUCGAAUCAAACUCAGUUAAAUCAUGUUCAAAUAAAGAGUUUGGUGAAACUACACAAGGGGAUAAUUCAAAUUAUAUCAAGAUUCAAAUUGAUAAUAAAUCACUUUAUGGUAGAUUCAUUAAAAGAGGAGUGGUAGAUCAAGAUAGAUUAGUAUUGUUAACAAACUCAUUGUUGGAUGAAUCUAUGAAUGCUAUUCAGUCACCAUCACAAUCCCAAUCUUUUAUAGGAAUUUCAAUCCCUGCUUUCUCUGACCAUGUUGUUAUUGACCCUGAUUUCUCAGUACUCUUAGAUAGCAAUUCAGCUUCAUCAAACCCAAAUUCAGUUUGUAAACCAAAACAAAAUAAUUCUUUGUCAGCUACCAAAUUAUCGGGUAUUAUUAUUGGAUCUGUUUGUUUUGCUGCGGUUGUAGUAGCAUCUGUUGUAUAUGCAGUAAAAAGGAAAAAAGAAAUGAUCCGAUUCACCUCAAAUUUAAAAAAAAUUGCUCAAAAUAGUGCAUGA